GAGUUGUGAGCGAACGGAGCGAUCGAUCGCUUCAGUAAUCUCUUAGCCGUUGAUUGCGUUCUAUUGUGUAUUAAAGGCUACGGAUUGUCAUUAAAUACAUAUAGAAUUGUGUUUUCAAACCAAUUAAUUGAUUCUCAUUUUCAUAUUUUUAUUUUAUUUCAUUUGUUGUACAGAAGCCGUCAAAAUUAAAUCCACAAAAAUUGAAAGAAAACCUCAGACGUCGGUUAAGGUGCGAGUGAUGCCCGAGCAGAGCAACGACUACCGGGUAGUCGUGUUCGGUGCUGGAGGGGUAGGCAAGUCAUCCAUGGUUUUGAGAUUUGUAAAGGGCACAUUUCGCGAUUCCUAUAUACCGACAAUAGAAGACACGUACAGACAAGUGAUUUCGUGCAAUAAGAAUGUCUGUACUCUGCAGAUCACCGACACAACCGGUUCCCAUCAAUUUCCUGCUAUGCAAAGGCUUAACAUAACUAAAGGGCACGCUUUCAUGUUAGUCUAUAGCAUAACAUCAAAACAAAGUCUGGAAGAAUUGAUACCAACAUAUCGUGAAAUAAUAGAAGUGAAAGCGGGCGAAGAGAAUCUGCCGAUUAUGUUAGUGGGCAACAAAUCAGACGAAGACUCCACACGUGAGGUGAACCAGGAAUACGCCAAUGAAAUGGUGUCCAAAAUACUAAAAGGCUGUGGAUUUAUUGAAACGUCUGCCAAAACCGGACAGAAUGUUCACGAGGCGUUUCAGGAAUUGUUAUCUUUGGACAAAAGUCGGAAUAUGUCGUUACGAAUGGAUCUGAAGAAGACUCGGUCGCAAAUUAGGAAAGAGAAAUUAAAGGGUCACUGCUCUCUCAUGUAGUGACCACUCAUGUAGUCAUCACUCAUACAUGUGUUCCAUCUGUUUGUGGACAUCGUUUUUGGCGAUCACUUAUCACAAAAAAGACACACAAUUUGUUAUGUUAUUUUCAUCGUGUGAUCGAAAUGCAAAGUAUUUAAAUUUCAGAAAAUGAGAUGAUAUACAUAUAUAUUAACCAAACAAUACAAUACUGUUAUCACUAAAAAUUAG